AGAGAUGGACUGAUAGCAGUGGUCACCUGCCCCCAGGUGCACUCUGCCUCGGUGUGUGGACCCCCUCCCAGGUCCUGCCAAGCUGAGCCCUCGGGGGCAUGAAGCCCGUGGGUGUGGGGCCCAGUCCCUCAGUCAUCCACUGAGGACCCACAGGACCUCUGCUUUCUAGGUCUGGUUCUAGAACCAUCCUGUCACCACCCCCAGGGAGACCGGGGCUCUGAACUCCUCCUUCCUGUCCCCAGUCCCACCGGAAGUUCUCUGCCCCUCGGCAUGGGCACCUGGGCUUCUUGCCCCACAAGAGGAGCCAUCGACACCGAGGCAAAGUGAAGACGUGGCCGAGGGAUGACCCCAAACAGCCUGUGCACCUCACAGCCUUCCUGGGCUACAAGGCGGGCAUGACUCACACCCUGCGAGAGGUGCACCGGCCGGGGCUCAAAAGUUCCAAGCGGGAGGAGGUGGAGGCGGUGACGGUGGUGGAGACACCACCCCUGGUGGUGGUGGGCGUGGUGGGCUACGUGAGCACGCCUCGAGGCCUGAGGAGCUUCAAGACCAUCUUUGCAGAACACCUGAGCGACGAAUGCCGCCGUCGCUUCUACCGGGACUGGCACAAGAGCAAGAAGAAAGCCUUCACCAAGGCCUGCAAGAAGUGGCGGGAUGCUCAUGGCAAGAAGCAGCUCCACAAAGACUUUGCUGCCAUGAAGAAGUACUGCAAAGUCAUUCGGGUCAUUGUCCACACCCAGAUGAAGCUGCUGCCUUUCCGGCAGAAGAAGGCCCACAUCAUGGAGAUCCAGCUGAAUGGUGGCACGGUGGCUGAGAAGGUGGCCUGGGCCCAGGCCCGGCUAGAGAAGCAGGUGUCUGUGCACAGUGUUUUCAGCCAGAGUGAGGUCAUUGAUGUCAUUGCUGUCACCAAGGGCAGGGGUGUCAAAGGAGUCACAAGCCGCUGGCACACCAAGAAGCUACCUCGGAAGACCCACAAGGUGCGUAAGGUGGCCUGCAUUGGCGCCUGGCACCCAGCCCGUGUGGGCUGCUCCAUUGCCCGGGCCGGUCAAGGUUACCACCACCGUACAGAGCUCAACAAGAAGAUCUACCGUAUUGGCCGGGGGCUGCACAUGGAGGAUGAGAUGGUUAAAAACAAUGCAUCCACCAGCUACGAUGUGACCGACAAGUCCAUCACACCACUGGGCGGCUUCCCCCACUAUGGGGAAGUCAACAAUGACUUCGUCAUGCUGAAGGGUUGCAUUGCAGGUACCAAGAAACGGGUCAUCACACUGAGGAAGUCUCUCCGGGUGCACCACAGCCGCCGGGCCCUGGAAAAUAUUGAACUCAAGUUCAUCGACACCACCUCCAAGUUCGGUCAUGGACGUUUUCAGACAGCGCAAGAGAAGAGGGUCUUCAUGGGUCCCCAGAAGAAGCAUCUCGAGAAGGAAAAGCCGGAGAGCUCGGGAGACUUAUAGGCUGCUUGGAUGGCAGCGCACCCGUUGCCUGUCCCUCCUGUCCAACAAAUAAAGGCCCAAGGCAACGCU